AUGGCCUCGCCGCGCGCCUCGCGGUGGCCGCCGCCGCUCCGGCUGCUGCUGCCGCUGCUGCUGCUGCCGCUCGCCCCCGGGACGCGGGGCCAGCCGAGCCGGGCGCCUCUCGCAGGCACGGGGCUGGCGCGGCCGCCCGAGCCCGGCCCCGAGCACGAGCUGCAGGCGCCGCCACCCACUCCGCCCCGGGAGCGCCGCGGGCCCGCGCCCCCCGGCCCCAACCAGACGGCCCUGGCGCCGGACGCCGCUGCACGGCCGGGACCCUCGGGCCCGGGUCCCCGAGGCGGGAGCGCGGAAGCCAGUGAGUUCUCGCCCAUCCAUUUUCUGAUUGUUUCAACUGCUGUAAGGAACCACUGGCCAGAAAGCAACACUGAGCCCCUCACAGAAAUUAUCACUGUGGACCAGAAUCAAGUGGACUUUUCCACCAUGGCCUCCAAAGGGGGGGUGAUGGUUCAGAGCCCCGGAAGGAGCCACACUCUUUCAGAUGCUCCAGAAAACUCGACUCCACAAACUGAGACAGCAGGUGCUGGAGGAAGAAACCACUCCUUGAGGACGAAUGCCACCGCUACCCCUGCUGGGCCCGAGACGGCAGCUCUGGCUUCCCGGAGCAGCACCUUCGCCUUGGGGAGGCUUCCCCUGCCGGCCAGCAGUACAGGGUCAGAAGAAAGAAGUGCCCCUUCUCACACAGAGAGCAGAACCUCCUGGGGUGCCCUGGCGAGGGGGAAGGGGCGCCCCGAAGAAGGGACCGUGCAUACCCAGGUGGCCACUUCGGUUUUGAGCCGAUCCUCUCUUCCUGCUUCGGAGACGGGAGAAGAGACCACACUGUCCAGGAAGAGAAAUUCCUCAGAACCAGAGCUCUCCUGGCUGCGUUUCUCCAGGACAUCAGCUUCCUCCCCCCGCUCAGGUCACUCUGCAAUCUCUGGAAGUACGGAAGAGCUAGACAACUCCACGGGUCCUCAAAGCCCCUCGGUUAGCUGGACAAAGAGUGUGCAAGUUGCCGCCACGUCCCCCAGUGGUGCCCCAGGGGUGGUCCCGUCGUUAACCGUCAGCGUGGGACAGCCGAACGAGACAGAGGAUUUCUCGGAGGACCCUGAAACUGCCCCAACAUCCCCCGCAGUCCGUUCUCCACCAUCCGAACCACCUGAGGCCGGCUUGAGGCGAAGCACCGGCGUGAGCGGGAGUCCAGGGCAUGGGGAAUUCACUGAGCCGUCCACAGAAAAUGGGCUUGGCCUGACAUCUUCUGAGGUCUCAGUGGGGUUUUGGCAAAAUGAUUCCCCAACCUCAGAAGGACGCCAGCGGCCUGGCAGCUCUGACACAGGAAAUGGGCUCCGUCUGUCUCAGGCUGAGCCUGUGUCUGGGUCAGUCCCCUCGGGCAGGGCUGGAGAGAGCACUGCACGCUGGGUCAUGGCCAACAGCACGAUGCUUGAAGACGGGACGGGAAGCUCUACUUCCUACCCGGGAGUUGUGAACUCUUCAGUUGUGACCCAGUUCGCAGCCUCUGUCCCACAGUCUCGAGGCAGUGACACAGCGCUGGGUGAAAGGAGCCACUCUGAGCCGGCCGCCGGGUCUUUGUCCUCGUCCUCCUCGGAAAGCGUGGAGUCCUCAGCAUCACGUGGCGAACGCUCGACCACUGAAGACAGUCCUGAGCUGGGAGUCCGUGUGGACUCGCAGGAAGGGUCCGACAGGACGUCCGGAGCCCGCGCUCACAGUCCGCACACUUCAGCAACUGUCACUGGGGCUGGAGAGCGUACGCUGCGGUCUGUCACCAACGGGAGCAGGACUUCUGUGGACGAGGGGCACUCGGAGACAGCGGCGCCCCGGGAGACAGAGAGCGCCACUCCACGCGGGAACACGACUGCCACGGGCGAGGCCGUCGGAGUCACUGGAAUUAGCUACGAGCAAGUGAGUGGCACAGAUGCUGAGCAGAGGACGUCCAGUGACCACACAGACCACACCUACGUCUCGUCUACUUUCACCAAAGGAGAACGAGCAUUACUGUCCAUCACAGACAACAGUUCGUCCGCGGACGUGAGGGAGAGUUCCACCUCUUCCAUUAAGAUCUCAGACUCUUCACAUUCAGACUAUCCUUCCUCGUCUCAGGUUCAGACUGAAAGAAGUAACGUCUCGUCCUAUGGAGGGGUGUAUGCUCAGCCGUCCACCGAGUCACUGGGUCUGCGCACAGCCGCCCUUCCCUCCUACACACCCACCAUCAAUAUGUCCAGCACCUUGGACCUUCUGUUCGCGCAUACUGGAUUGGCGGGUGACUCAUCUUCUACGUCAGGGUCCCCUUUGCCCCUGCCUUCAGUGUCACAGUCCCACCAGUCAAUCUCCUCUACCUUAUCAUCCACCAGGGCCUCCGCUCAUCCGCCGGAGUCCAUCCCUGACGCGCCCACACCUUUGUCUUCCUCACCACCGCCGUUGCCAAUAUUCCUGACAGUCUCUACCCCCGCCUCCCUGCCCGUGUCCCAGACAACCCUGCCACCUUCAUCUUCUACCCUGGUCCUGCCCAGGGCAAGGGACACUCCUGGGACUGUAAUUAGGACGUCAACAAUGGCAUCCUCUGUGACGAUGCUGUCCAGCAGCCAAACAGCAGAUCCUGAGAACCAGAGCAACCCACCCCGUGAGAAAUCCGUCACAGAAUCAAAGCCACUGAGCCCGGAAUCUUUUUCCACAGAGGCCACGGAAGCGGAAACAAGGAGCUCUACUCUGGGGAUCCCCUUGCCCCCCGCCUUAACAGAGUUCUCCACUGAGCAGACCCUUCCAGCCAUAAGCACCAGCGUAGCCCAGACGCCUCCAGCUUUGACGGCCUCCACCCUCAAGACCGCUCCUCCCCCCGUGUCCACUCCCAGCCCUUCGCCAAGCACAGCUACUCGGAUGGCUGGCCCCACGGCAGUGCAGACUACGACUGGAAAACAGUUCUUGCCAACAAGUCCUGAAAUUCUAGUGCCACGAAUCUCAACAGAAGUUACUGUUACCACAAAAAGGAGCCAAAUGCACGUAGAUGAUACUACCCGAUUGAGCACCCUGACCAGUGUACCCACAUCAGCAACAGUACUGACUACAGGGCUUGGCAUUUCGGAAGAGUACAGCCCAACUUCACAUUUGCUCAGGACAUCUCCUUCUCCCCAAAGCACAGACGCUUCUCUGGCCGAAGUGCCGACUCCCAGGUCUACCACCUUCCGUGCCCAGAGCAGCACGCAGCCACCCCCAGCGUCGUCCCCAGCAUCGUCCCCAGCGUCGUCCCCAGCCUCAGGGAACAGCUGCACCCCUAACCCUUGUCUUCAUGAUGGGAAGUGUGUUGCAGACCCCACCAGCCGCGGGUAUCGAUGCGUGUGCUCACCUUCCUGGCAAGGAGCUGACUGCAGUGUGGAUGUGAAUGAAUGCCUCUCGAACCCCUGCCCACCCCUGGCCAUGUGCAACAAUACUCAGGGAUCCUUCACCUGCAGAUGCCCAGUUGGGUACCAGUUGGACAAAGGAAUAUGCAAUUUGGUUAGAACCUUCGUGACAGAGUUUAAAUUAAAGAAGACGUCUCUCAACACCACCGCGGAGAAACACUCAGACCCACGUGAAAUUGAAAAUGAGGUCACCAAAACAUUAAAUAUGUGUUUUUCAACGAUACCUGGGUAUACCCGAUCCACAGCUCAUGCUUCUAGCGAGUCCAGCACCAUGGUCAUAUCACUGCAAACCACCUUUUCCCUGGCCUCCAAUGUGACGCUGUUUGACCUGGCCGACGGGAUGCAGCAGUGUGUCAACUCCUGCAGGUCCUCUGCUGAGGUCUGCCAACUCUUGGGAUCUCAGAGGCGGAUCUUUAGAGCGGGCAGCUUGUGCAAGCGGAAGACUCCGGAAUGUGACAAGGAGACCUCCAUCUGCACUGACCUGGACGGGGUGGCGCUGUGUCAGUGCAGGUCCGGCUACUUCCAGUUCAACAAGAUGGACCACUCCUGCCGAGCUUGUGAAGAUGGAUACAGGCUUGAAAAUGAAACCUGUAUGAGUUGUCCAUUUGGCCUUGGUGGUCUCAACUGUGGAAACCCCUAUCAGCUCAUCACCGUGGUGAUUGCAGCAGCAGGAGGCGGGCUUCUGCUAAUACUAGGCAUUGCACUGAUUGUCACCUGCUGCCGAAAGAACAAAAAUGACAUAAGCAAACUCAUCUUCAAAAGUGGAGAUUUCCAAAUGUCCCCAUAUGCUGAGUACCCCAAGAACCCUCGAUCACAAGAAUGGGGCAGAGAAGCCAUUGAGAUGCAUGAGAACGGAAGUACCAAAAACCUCCUCCAGAUGUCCGACGUAUAUUACUCGCCCACAAGUGUAAGGAAUCCCGAACUUGAACGGAACGGACUGUACCCGGCCUACACCGGAUUGCCGGGAUCUCGGCAUUCUUGCAUUUUCCCGGGGCAGUAUAACCCAUCGUUCAUCAGCGAUGAGAGCAGGAGAAGAGACUACUUUUAAGUGAGAAGAGAGAGGAGCCCAUUGCUCUGAGCCAGUGGCCUGGGACCGCGACUGCUCAGAGGACUGCCGGGGGCGCCCCGCUGGCGGGCUGCUCCCAGGACUUGGGGAGCCACACUGGAGUGGCAGGAAGAAAGUGGGACAGGUGUGAGGGGCAUGGCCACAGUGGAAGGGGACAGACGGAAGCUGCGGACGGGACACUGCAGGCUGCUCCCUUGUUACUGUGAAUGUGACCGUGGGCCUGUGCCGGGAGGUCCCGGGGACGGCAGCGUGGCCACGGGCUCCGGGAUGACGGCGGCGAGGGCAGCUCUUCCUUAGUUUGCACUUUACUAAGUUGGGUAGGGGCGUCUCCUCUUGGAUUUUUUUUAAGACUGUUCCAGAAAGAAGGCCUCAUUUCCCCAGACACUUCCAUAGGCCUCGAUCUGGUGAUUAAUUUAUAGCAAAAUGCCGGCUGUUUAUUUGUUUUCCUGCCCAGCACCGUGUGCUGGACAGCAGGUGACGGCAAUGAACAUACCACUAAGGUCUGGAGAGGCUGUAGGUUAUCAUCCAAUAUUUUAAUAUGUUUCUAGGUCUUUUUGUGCUACGGUCUCCAAGCCAACCCCCAAAAUGAGAAAUGGACAUUUGUGAGGCAUGGCAUACAACUCCAGUUUGGUUCUAUUAGUCAAGGUGACACCUGGAUUUAAGAUGACUUCUUCCCUUUGCGGUGAAAUCUCAGCUUUUCAAAUAAGUCUGGAUCAGGGCAAAAUGAUUUCCACUUGAUUGUAGUUAGAGACAUCCAGCUGCCCUGUGGUGAGGCAAGAAGCAGGGGGCCCUGGGGCUGAGCCAAGGCCCCUGAGGAAGACUCAGAGGUGCAGGCGGUGGGGCGCUUUCACCCCUGAGGACAGGGCGUGGGGCCCGGGUCUCUGACCGCCAUCUCUGAGGCCAGGCUGCUCCGUGGGGGUGGGGAUGCUGAGCUGAGCGCAGGCUGGGUCUGCGCUGGUUUCACCACUAAGGAAAGAGCAGCUCGCGGAGUCCCUGCGCUGAGUGUGGUUAGAGGAAGGGGCUGCACAGACAGGUCCACUGCCGGAAACACCAGCUCUUUGGGAAGCUGGGCAGGUCCUGAGGAAGGAUGGGGUGCUGGGACGGAGCCACGCAUAGGUCUGCUCACCUGAAGCUGCACGCUGUACCUUUGAUUGUAUCCCCGAUCUCGUCAUCUCGUCCACAAACUUCGUGUAAACGGUCCACCAACUGCUCAGCUAUUUAUUCACUGAAGAAGUAACUUAUUUUCACUCAUCCAGUGACUCGUACCUCCUUGUACUACUACAUAGCUCCCUCCAGAAACAUGGUUCUAAUUCAAGUCAGCAUUGGAGAACUAAAGACUCUGGACAGGUAGGGAAGUGCGAGUUUGCCUUCAGGAAGGAAAUUCUGCGUGUUUGUUGAUUGUGCCGGUGCCGUGGGGCCGGCGCAGGGGCAUAUCCUGUGCGCAGUGUCUGUCACUGCUCCUUACGGAGCUGAUUAUUCUCGUCACCUGCCUUUGAAGCAUCCUCGUGGAUGGAGAGAACACAGAGGUAGAAGAACUGUUCCCACUCUGAAGCUCGGAGCUCAGCGGAACCUGUGUUUUGGAGAUGGGGUAGACUUUGGGGACAGUUCUGUCCUAGGUAUGGCUGUUUCUUCCAGGCUCUCUAACCUUUUGGGGAUGUAUCUAAUCCUUAUUCUUAGGGAGUCCUCGUCCUGACAGUUUUCAGUGUGAACUCGUGUGUCCCGUGGUCUCCACGAUCACCAUCCCCCACGGCAGCAGGAGCACCAGACAGGCGAGGCCUCGCAGUAGUCAGACUGCACUCGUCUCCUCAGAGAAGAAUCCUGGUCUGGUCCGUGGGUGCCAGCUUACAAUUUCAGAGCGUCACCUUUUAGGAAUCUUGGGUCCAUAGAACCCAAGAGCCCUCGGCCACAUGGCCUCGCAUCCAGCUGGAGCGCUCUGAGCCCCGCACUCAGCCCACCCGAGCCGAGAGGUGGCCUGGCUUCCUGGUCUGCACAGACCCCAGGACCCAGAGCCACGUGGGGGCCGUCGUCAGGCAUGCACAGCUGCCCCCUUUAGCUGCCACCACAGCUGACAAGUCCUCUGUAUCUGGGCCAGAAGCUGUGAGCUCCACAAAAUGAAGCCUCUGUCUCCAAAGCAUUCUUGAGAAGAAUCCAAAAGGAAUGUCCUGUGAGCUCCAAGAAUACUUUCCCUGUGAAUGGGUUUUGUGCAUAUGAAGUGGAUUAAGAAUGUUGUUUUUCUUUCACUGUGAAAAAAGCAGGCCCCCCUGCAGGGUUGAGUUCACACAGAAUCUGCAAUUGCUAAGGGGGCAGGUGGGGGUGGGGAAGGUGCGUCUGCAGACCUGAGGGGCUAAGAAGGUGCACAGACAGCAUGACUAUUAGCCGGUGCCAACUGCCCGCCCUGGGUGAAGAAGGGAGAGGCUGGCUUCACUCCUGCUUGGGGCUGGUACCCCCAGACGUGUCCUGUCUGCCAAGGGGCAAUACCUCGUAGGGCAGCAGCCGCCUCAACUGAAGGGCCAGGACUGGAUGUCCCCCUGGCAAACAAGCUCUCAGCUCUGGCACAGGUGCUCAGUGUCAGCUCCGCACCUGGAAUUCAUGGGCGUGACACGGUGUUGUGUCCCUGGGUGCGGCCCACAGCUGGGGGAAGGUGGGAGGGAGGGAAAAGUGAUCUUAACUGCCCUCAAGACUCCUCACCUUCUGUAGGGAAGAGUGGGCCGAAUGGAACGCACCUGUCCCAUACCUGAGCAAGGUGACUCAGAGGGCGGUGCUCACCUGCUGGCCUCCUAGCAUCUGUGGGCUUUGUUUAAGCUCUUGAAUAAAAGAUCUUAUUUCCUCUUUGCCCCAGGAGCCAGCCCAGGGCUCUAGAGAUGAAAUAGAAAGUCUAAAUAGUCACAGAGCCUCUUGGUGUCCCCACCGUGGCCAGGCUCUGCGCACGGUGCUUGGCUUCACGACACCUGUGUGAGGUGCGUAGGAGUGCCCCUGUCCUGGAUGGGGAAACUUCUGAGAGGGUGAUUGCCUUGGAGAGCGGAGGCCACGCCCCUUCGCCUGGCUUGCCCUCCUCCCUGUGGGUCCCAGCCUCACCAGCCAGUGCACCUUAACUGUCAAAGGACAUGAGAGAGUGGGCUUAAAGUGUGUCGGGUUUUUUUUUUUUUAGUUUUUUUUUUUGAGAACCUUAAUGUUACUAAGCAGUAACUAAACUAAUGACAUGAAGUGCAAAAAAAAAAAGUUGAAUCCCCUUUUGAAAAAGUCCUUUUGGGUUUGUUAUUACAUGUAUUUCUUGGACACUGGUGGUCAUCAUUAAGAAAACAGUGGCUAUGGCUGGCUCGUGCUCAGCAAGAAGCAUGAUGGUACGUGGCUUAGGGUGUCGGAGGUGUAAGGUGAUGGAUGACUCGGGUUUUUGACACACAGCCAGACUUAGACGUCCAUCUGAGGGCUGCUCUGCCUUGUUCCUGUGGUCAGGCCAUGGCUCCUGGAAGUAUAUUUUUGUGACUAUUAUCUGAGGUGGGAACAUAUUCAAUUGAAGGUCUUACAUGCUGACAAAUCCUCCUUUGAUGAAAGUUUAUUUGCAGAAGUAGCGAGCCACUUAGAGCCCCAGUUGCUGAGUGGAUCACAUCAUCAAGUGGCUGAUAGGGCUGGAGUCGAAACUAAGAUGUGAUGGCUAAGUUCCUGAAGAGGUGACUGAACUGGCCAAAGAGGGCAGCAUCUUUUCAAGGCUGGUUGGCUGCCCAGAAAAGGUGUUUGAAGGAUGAUAUUCAUUCCGAUGUGAAAGGUCCUGGAGCCCACAGGGGAGGGUCUAGCAUGUGGCUUUUGGGGCCUCUGUGAAGCCAUCUUGCCCACUGGGAAGGGCCUGAGUGCCCUGUAGCUCUGGGAGCUGCGCCUGGAGAGGCUCGAGUUGUACAGCCGUUGCUCCAGGUUUAGUCCUAGUCUAACACAGCUUGGGUUUGGCCCAUCGUUCUGAGAUCCUUACACUGAUUUCAGAACUAAAGCAAUUCUUCAGAAAGAGGAAGAAUUUCAGUAUUUUGCAUCUUAUGUAAAACUACUCUUACUAGCAGAGAUAUUUUGUACCACGUGAAGACAUUUGUGGGGACUAGAAGGGACAUUUUAUUUUACUCUGGGGUCCUUGUCUAUGUGUUUGAGAAAAGAUGCCUGGUUUUGUAGAGUUGGCUUUUGAGUAUAGGUUGCAUUCUUUUUUCUCUAAUCCCCAGAGAAGAAAACUGGUUAAAAUACUGAGAACAUUAAAAUAUUCAAUGUCAGUUCAUUUGUUGUGCUAAAAUACCUUUUUAGUAGUGUUAUAAUCAUCCUGUUUGGUGUAAACUCACAGAAAAACCUUUGAAGCCAAAGGGGACAGUUUGGGUCUGAAAAGAGGCAGGUCUCAGACUGGCUCUGUCCCCUUGGCAUUUUUUAAGAGGACACAUUAGAUCUGGUUUUUAUCAUUUUUCAGACACACAUAAUGCACUUCAGAUGCAGAGUUAUUGGGUAGGAAGGAUGGGACCACACAGGGAUGGAAUGGAACCGGCCCCCCUGGGAAACUACCUGACUCACUUCCUCUAUUACCUUGGCCUGUUUCUUUACAAAAAAAGGUCUUUCAACAUGGGCUGUGCGUUCUCUCGAUGUCAUUGUUGCUGGGUUUAUGGUUAACUGAAGCAUGUAGCUGGAAUAUGAGCUUUUUGAGUUUUCACAUCCUGGAUUCCUCUUUGCAAAUCUUUACACCUUAGCCCCCGACUGAUUUGUUAAAUCCAUUAUGAGAAUGAUAUUUAAAGUUGUAUUAUAAUUGCAACCUCCACUAAUUAUUCAGUACUGUAGCAGCAAAGUAUUAUUUGUAAGAAUUCGGUUAUUUUUAUACUUAUACCCACUAUAAGUCUGGCGUUCUAGUCAGUAAA